AUCCAGUGAUUACCUAUAAAAAAGUCGAAAUGAAUCCCAGAUUAAAACGAAACGACAAAGUGAUGGAUGUGUCCAAUGAAUCGGUCGGCGGCCGAAAAUUACCCGGAAAUGGAAACGACCCCAAUCUGGCAAUUGACAAUCGUGAGAUGUAUGAGAAUAUGCCGUUCCAGCGAAAGUGUAUGCAAUUGAGCGGCACUUAUAACCCUGGCACUUAUAUGCCUGAAUAUAACCAAAAUAUGGCUCAACUAACACAAGAGCUGCGCAGAACUCAAUCGGCCCGCUAUCACAACUGCCAGACUUCCGGUGCAAACAUAUACAGCAUAUACGAGCGGAAUGUGGUUUAUGCGGACUUACAGCUAACCACUGAU